AUGGACGACAUCUCGCCGACGCGGCUCCUCCUCGGCGCGCUCGCCGCUGUCCUCGCCAUCGGCAUCCUCUGGGUCGGGAAGCUCAAUGCGACGCUGAAGAAGACGCCGCCUGAGGUCCUCGCCGUCUCGCCGCACCGAUGGACCGAGGCCGAGAUGCGCGCCGUCUACGACCGCAUCCGCGCGAAGCCCGUCGACUGGGCCUCACACCUGCCACCGCGCGCCACCCUCGCCGGUGGCGGCGAUCGACGGUACAUCAUUACGGGUGGUAGCGGCGGUGUCGGGGGUACCAUUGUCCUGCACCUGCUGGCCCGCGGCCACCCCCCCGAGGCCCUUCGCAUCGUCGACUUCCGGCCGCCAGACCGCCCCGAGCUGACCACCGGCGCUGUGGCGCGCGUCGACUUCGUCCGCGCCGAUAUCACGUCCGCCACCGGGACCACCGCUGCCUUCGAUGCGCCCUGGCCCGCUGCCGUCCGCGACCUGCCUCUCACCGUCUUCCACACGGCCGCCGUCAUCUCCCACGCUGACCGCUCGAUGAUCACGUACGAGCGCGUGCGCGGCGUCAACGUCGACGGCGUCCGCCACGUUCUCGACGCAGCGCGCGCCGCCGGCGCCUCGGUCUUCGUGUCGACCUCGUCGGCGUCGGUCGCGUACCGCCCCGUCGAGUACUGGGGCAACCCGCUGCGGCGCUGGCCGCGCAACUACUGGCAGGCCAUCGACGAGGCCGACUUCGCGCGCCCGCUGCGCCCGCACCCCCAGUUCUUCGGCAACUACGCGUACUCGAAGGCGGUCGCGGAGCGCAUCAUCGCCGAGGCCAACGCGCCGGGCUUUCGUACCGGCAUCGUCCGCCCCGCGAACGGCAUCUACGGCACCACCAGCACCACCGACCAGAUUGUCGGCUACUGUCUCCGCGUCGGCACGUUCCCCAGCUGGAUCCGCAACAUCAUCCAGAACUUCGUGCAUGCCGGCAACGUGUCUCUCGGGCACCUGGCCUUCGAAGCCGCCCUCCUUCAGGAUGAUAGGAACGGCAACAUGCCCAAGUGCGCGGGUCAGGCCUUCACCGUCACCGACGACGGCCCACCAACGAUGUUCGACGACGUCUACAACCUACUAAAGGUCAUAGUGGCGACGCCUCCAAUCAAGGUGAUCUACCUGCAGCCGGGGCUGAUGCUGGUACUGGCGUAUGUGGUCGAGCUCUUCGACUUGGCGAGCCGGCUACCGGUAGUGGGACGUAUCGUACCGCGACCGCAGGGAAGCUUGGCGAUGCUGCAGCCGGCUAUCUUCAGCGCCAGCACAAACCACAUAGCUACGGACACCGCCGCGCGGCGUAGCGUCGAAGAUGGCGGCAUCGCCUACCGACCCCUUGUCAGCACGAUGGAGGGCGUCUGCCAACAAGUGCUCGACUGGAACAUUGAGCACGGGAAAUAA